ACGCGCGCCGCCUUUCAUUCUAGAAUGGCAUCCAGAUCGCAACCAACGCAAAAGGCAUAAAUAUCGACAAUUCACACGUGUCGCCUGAUGCGCCGCAUCUGAUUCGGCUUCACUCCUUUGCUUCUUCGUGCUUGCAGGAGGUAGAACCCACCAUCUCCCCAUUCGAACUCGCGACCUCCAUCUGCUUCCUCCCUCCUCCUACACAAUCACUCUCCGCCAGACACAAUGUCGGCACAGUUCAACUUUGGCUCUGCCGGCGGCAGUGGUGCUUCGAAUCCAUUUGGCUCCUCAUCGAACACUGGCAAUGCCACCCCUAGCACCUCCGCGCCCUCAACAGCAACAACCAAGGCGCCGACGAGCCUCUUUGGCGGCACACCUACAACGGGCGCGAGCCCCUUUGGAGGCUUGACGGCCGGAAGCAAUCAGACAACCUCGAUAUUUGGAGGUGGAAAUACGACAUCAAGCUCUGGCACUUCAGCGCCACUCUUUGGAGCAGCCAGCAGCACGGGUAAUGCUCCAGCGGGAGGCCUCUUUGGUUCAAAGCCGUCUCCAACUACAACAUCUUCGGGUACUACUGGAGGUCUUUUUGGCACGGCAAAUACGACCACUCCUAGCUUUGGGGGUUUGUUCGGGCAGAAGAAGGAUGAGGGUACCAGCGGCGAGAAUAAGACUGCAACCUCCACAUCUGCUCCAGCUGGAUCAGUGACUCCAGCACCAAGUAAAACCUUCAAUUUCGCCUCAACCACUCCAGCUGGACCACCCCCGACAGAUAACCAAGCAUCUAAGGCUCCUACGAGUAACCUAUUUGGCAAUCUCGGUCAAUCAUCAGGUGGACUCUUUGGUGCUCCAAAGACUGGAGAUUCGUCACAACCAAAAGCUGGCUCUCUCUUUUCAGGCACUACCAGCUCGAGCACACCACUCUUUGGUUCAAAACCUGCUUCUACUAAUUUAUUUGGCAGCACACCUACUUCGGGUGCAGCCAGUUCCGGCGCAAGUGCAGCAUCAUCUACAGCUACGGCUGCGGCUCCGCAAGCAUCAAAGCCGUUAUUUGGGUUUUCCAGCGCCACUUCAACUGCACCAGCUUCCCAGGCUUCGUCGUCUACUGCGGCGCCCGCAGCGAGCACAGGGGGCCUCUUUGGCGGGGCCGCGAAGACGACCCCAGCCUCGUCCGCGCCAGCACCAGCAUCUAACCUGUUUUCAGGUCUAUCAGGAGGUAGCACUACAACUGCAGCUCCAAGCACCAGUACAUCUGCUCCAGGCUCAACGCCCGGCUUGUUCAAUCUCGGGACCCCAUCUUCAACUGCCGCGAGUACUGCAGCCCCAGCCAGCACCGCACCAGCAGCAGCAACAUCAAGUUUGUUUGGAGCAGCCAAACCAGCAGCGAGUUCAACCAGUCAACCGCCAUCCACAACAGCAACAUCAAACCUGUUUGGGGCCAAACCAGCAGCGAGUUCAAGCGCUCAGCCCUCAUCCACAACUGCAACAGCUACAACAGCUGCAACAGCUGCAACCGCGGCCCCUACUACAACAGCAGCAGCUGGCUCUACAGGCACUGCAGCACAGUCUAGUGCACAGCCAUUAGGGGCUUCGACCGCGGGGCCCGCGCCUCAGCUGUCACGUCUCAAGAACAAGACAAUGGAUGAGAUUAUCACUCGAUGGGCAUCUGACUUGCUCAAGUAUCAGAAAGAAUUCCAGGACCAGGCGGCAAAGGUAGCAACUUGGGAUCGUCUGUUGGUUGAAAAUGGAGAGAAAAUCCAAAAGUUGUACUCAAGCACGUACGAGGCCGAGCGGGCCAGCACGGAAGUGGAGCGACAGCUUGCUGCUGUUGAGAGUCAACAGGCCGAGCUCACCUCUUGGCUUGAUCGCUACGAGGCAGAAGUAGACGAGAUGUUUACACGACAAGUAGGUCAAGGCGAGAGUCUGCAAGGCCCAGAUCAAGAGCGAGAGAGAACAUACAAGCUUGCCGAAAAGUUGACGGACCGGUUGGACGAGAUGGGCAAGAACAUCACGAGCAUGAUCGAAGCUAUCAACGAGGCAUCUUCAAACCUGAGCAAGAGUAGCAAGGCUGAUGAUCCGCUGUCUCAUAUCGUUCGGGUCUUGAACUCGCAUCUUAUGCAACUCCAGUGGAUUGACCAGAAUGCAGAGUUGCUGCAGCAAAAGCUGACGGCUGCUCAAAAACUUGGACAGAGCGUUGGCGCGAAUGGAUAUGGUGGCCAAGAGACUGAUAGUGCGGAAGCAUUCUACCGGUCUUAUAUGGGCAGAAGAUAGGAAGGGAAGCGCCGUUGGGUGCAUAAUAUUUCAAGUUGGCAUUGCGGGAAGUGUGGUAUCUUGAGGUUCAAG